AACUCAGCCAACCCUGGAAAGACAACGAAAGCGCUUCCUCUCCCACAUAAUUCGAUACACUGUAUACCCUGGUCCGACGUCUGCUUGUCCCACAAGAUUAAAGAACCAUGUCCUCGUCGCCGUCUUUGUUCCCCGUCUUCGCGAAGGCUGGGUCCUUGCACUCCCUUUCUUCUUCUUCGACUUCUUCCUUCCAUUCUUCAUCUUCUUCCGCGUCCUCCCCACUCUCUUCGUCAAGAAAGCUCCCUUUCAUCCUCCUCGUUGCAUCCAUCGCCAUCUCGUCUCUGUGGGUUCCUCUGGCCGACGCUUCCUCCGCUUCUCCAGUAGCCCUUGACACCUCCACUUCAUCCCCUGUCUCACUCGUGUCCUCGACCCCUGACACCCACAUUCAAUUUCAGGACUCAGAGGAAGCAUACGUUCCUGCCGUCGCUGAACUACUCCCUGGCGUGCAACUCCACAAGCGCGCCCCUCCUCAACCCUCACCAGCCGUAACCACCACUGACGCAGCUUCAAAACCAACAAAGAUUAAGAGCCCCCCCACCAACACCAACAGCAGUGGCGCCCCCAAGCCGACCAUGUCCUCUACCGCGACUGGCACAGCCACUCCGACACCCACUGCGCUUCCCGACUCUAAAGGUGAUACGGCACUUUUUGGCAAGCCCUCUGUCAUCGCUGGCUACAACCUCACCACCGGCAUCCUCAUUUACAGUGCGUUCAUGAUCCUCUUCGUGGCUGCUAUCGGAUCAGCCACCUGGCGACGCGCCAAAUACCGCAACCAGUUUCGACUGCAGCAGCAAAGGAAUCUGGAGGGCGGUCGGGUCAAUGGUGAUAAGGGGUCCAAGAAAGGAGGCGGAGAUUCCGAAUUGAGUGACGCCGCCCUGUUUAAACAAGCCUCCAUCAGCAAGCGGGCCUUGAUGAAGGAUGUCGGACCCGGCGGCGUCCUGGCUGCGAAUGAGGUUACACGGAACAAAAUCGCUGCCGCAAAUGGAGCAGGACGUUCGUUUGAUGAUCGGAGUGACUAUGAUCAACAGUCUGGACAAGGCGUUCGUUUUGGCGAAGGCACUGGCAACGGCAGGUCCACUGGUCGCGCCGGAGGCAUGAAGAAACCCAAUCGAGACGAUAUAAACCAAGGUGCCUAUGAGAUGAACUCGUAUGGACAUCUGAACGGCCCUCUUUCGUCGUAUCAGGACAAUCAGGAUACCACGGAUUACAGUCGCCCACCAAUGACCGAAUCCGCCGACCCCUACUAUUCUUCUGGAAGCUCAAAUUCCGGCUACCUGGACCAGAUUGACGAUCAUCACUACAGCUCUGCGGGUGGUCAUAAUCCUCAAAAACCCAAGCCUGCCCAUCACAGACAUCAAUCCCAGCAAGAUUCAAUUUCGACCGCAGCAUCGUCCUCACCUCAGCCUCAAUAUCAGCAGCCCACGUAUGUCCAGCGUACAAAUUCAAGCCGUAUGCCCCAGAAGGAGCUGCAUGAUGGAAAUAAUAACUACAGGAGCAAUUCCGGACGUCGUGCAGGGACCACAACUUCAACUAGGGGUUUGGACAACAACAAUGGCCAACUAUCAAGGAUAGCCACUCAAGGAAUCUUAGAUCGCGCAGGAUCUGGCAAUUCUGGAACUGGUUCCCCUCUGGAUGGCGGUAUGUCGCGUGCAGGAAGCAAUGCGAGCUCAAACCGGACGCGUGUUGCAGCUAGUCCAACACAGUCGCACCCAACCCCGAUUGCACGUUCCAACAGCACGCGUUUACCACCUUCAAUGCGUGUUGGCACACCUCAGCUUCAACUCUCGAGUCUUAGCCAACAGACUAACAACCAUGACUACAUGUAAACCUGUGGAGCCGGUUCAUAUACCUUGGAUAAUUUUAUGAGGACUGGUACUCCACAGACUCUCGAAGCCUUAUGGUACAUUACAUGCCAAAUAGAAUACUUAUAGACUUACGAGCUCUUCUCGAUAUUUGCCUCCCCGCUACAUCAUCUCACCUAAAAGCAUAGCAUCUGCCAAAAAAAUAUACAUGCAUAUAAAUCCCAGCUAGUCUUGUAAAUGCAUCAAAGAUGUUAUUUAUAGA